UGUACGUGACUGCACUUGCAAUUCUUGACUAGAUUAACUAUGGUCGAAUCCAAUCCAUUACCGUCCAAGAACACAACCAUUCCCUGGUUUCAGCCGCCACACCACAGAUAUGCUCUGUUAAAUGCAAAUGUCGUGGAUCCUGUCGAAGGCAUAAUAUUGGAAAAUGCUAGCAUUCACCUUUAUGAAGGCAUUGUCCAGUCUGUGAAUGGCAGCGCUGAAGAAUGGGAAUCGGACCCUCACACGGUAACAGUUAACCUCGAAGGCAAAUUUGUCUGCCCAGGAUUGAUAGACUGCCAUGUUCAUUUGGCCGCAGUGCCAGGGGGGGGGAAUGGUCUAGAGAGUGUCAAGAACAUGAAUCCAUCCGCCUCUCUUCUGCGUCAACCUCUCGUAUGCAAGUCGAUGCUGGAGCGGGGAUUUACUACCGUCAGAGAUUGUGGGGGGGCAUUGUUCCCUCUCAAAGAGGCGAUCGAGCAAGGCGUCCACCCUGGGCCCCGACUUUUCAUCGCCGGUCACGCUCUUUCACAGACCGGAGGCCAUGGCGAUAUGCGUGGUAUACUGAACGAGUAUGAAUGUUGCGGCGGGGCUGCCCAAGGCGUUGGCCGAGUCAUUGAUGGCGUGCCCGAUUGCCUGAAGUAUGCCCGUGAAGAGAUUCGUGAAGGGGCUGACUUUCUUAAAAUCAUGGGUGGUGGCGGCGUCGCCAGCCCAACCGACAAGAUUGAAAACAUUCAAUUUUCGGACCAGGAGAUCAAGGCUAUAGUGACCGUCGCGUCUAAUGCAGGCACGUAUGUCACGUCGCAUUCAUACACCCCCAAAGCUAUCCAGCAAGCGAUAUCACUGGGCGUCAUGGGUAUUGAGCACGGGAAUUUACUUGACGAGACCACCGCCCGGAUGAUGGCUGAAAAGGGUGUUUUUCUAACCCCAACACUCGUUACGUAUGCAGCGAUGGCGAUGUUCAAAGAUUUCCUCCCUCCGGCUUCAGCAAAGAAAAACGAAGAGGUUCUCAAAAGCGGGUUGCAGGCUAUCAAGAUUGCAGAAGACGCGGGGGUUACGAUCUGCUUCGGAACCGAUCUGUUGGGUGAUCUGCAUUUUGCACAAGCACGAGAGUUUAAGCUGCGACGGCAAGUCCAAACCUCAACAAAUAUCUUGCGAAGCGCCACGGUGAAUCCUGCCCGGCUCCUUCGACAAGAGAAAUUCCUGGGCCAGGUGGCCCCCGGCUUUGCAGCUGACCUUCUGGUUCUAAAUGCCAAUCCGUUGGAGGACAUUACCAUCUUGGACAUGCCCGAGCAGCACAUCUUAGCUACGAUGAAAGAUGGACGCGUCGUUACCUCCAGGUGGUCAAAACUAGGGAUUCACUCAGGGAAGACCAGCAAUAUCGAGUAAUCUUCUAUCCCAGACAACUGCUGUACUUGGCACUUUGUCACGGAUGGAGGAUUGAUUUGUUGGUUUGACUAAAUAUGUAUGAUAGGAGUUAAUACUUGAUUGAAUUCUA